AUGAAUUUACCUGAAAACUGGAGUCUGGAGAGUAUUGAAUAUUGUUUCCCCCUGGUAAACACAUCUUGUCCUAAGAAUAGUUAUGAAGGAACAGUUGUUGCAGUGAUGCAUGUCUUCAUGAUCAGCUCCACAUUGAUUACACUAAGUGGGAACUUAAUAGUUAUUAUUUCAAUUCUGCAUUUUAAGUGCCUCAAGUCACCAACAAAUUUUCUAGUUUGCUCACUUGCUUUUACAGACUUUCUUUUAGGCUUUCUUGUCAUGCCUUACAGCACAAUAAGGUCUGUUACAAAUUGUUGGUAUUUUGGGAGUCUGCUUUGCAAAAUGCACUCGGGUCUUGAUGGCUCUCUGUCUAUCGUGUCUGCCUUUCAUGUCUUUUUUAUUUCCAUUGAUCGCUACUAUGCUAUAUGCCACCCUCUGCAUUACACCACCAAAAUAACAUUUUCAGUUACAAUGAUGUUUAUUGGCCUAAGCUGGACUAUACCAAUUUGUUACAUGUUCUACAUUAUUUUGUCAGAAACAAAUUUAAUUGGAAUUGAGGAGUAUGUUGCUUCAAUUUAUUGUGAAGGAUUUUGUAGUGUCAUGUUUAAUAAAGGUUGGGGGGUUACAAACUUUGCUGUAGGAUAUUUAAUUCCUUGUACUGUUAUGAUGGCUAUGUAUGCCAAUAUUUUUGUUGUAGCAAAGCACCAUGCUCAAAUUAUUAAUAACAUGACAGACAAAAGUACUUCUUUUCAAAUGGGACAUAAAAUCUCUAGCGUCAAGGAAAGAAAAGCAGCGAAGACACUUAGUAUAGUUAUGAUGACCUUCGUGCUCUGUUGGUCUCCUUUUUAUUGCACUGCCCUCAUUGAUCCUUUCCUUAAUUAUACUACACCUGCAUAUGUUUAUGAUGUCUUGGUAUGGAUAGCGUACAUGAAUUCUACUCUUGAUCCCGUCAUUUAUGGCUUCUACUACUUAUGGUUUAGAAAAUCUCUUGUCAUUCUGCUGUCUGGCAAAAUAUUUCAUGCAGGCUCUUCUGAACUGAGCAUUGUUUAA